CCCAUGAAAAACCAAACCCAAAAGAAAAUAUAAAGAUUAACAUUAAAUUUGUCCCCACGUCUGUUAUCUCCAUGGCCGUGUAUGAAAUGGACAAGUCGAGUUCUUUGUCCUUUUGAGAAAGUUUUCGAAGAUUGGUUGUCUGGACAACCUUUGAUAGGGCGUACAAGCAUUAAGUAUAUCAGCUAGACGUCCAAAGGCCAAUCUUGCAUUCUUCUGUUUCCCCUCGUCACGAUCGCAACUAGUUCCAUCCAACCCUUCAACAUGAAAAUCGCUCUAGCGACUUUGACUCUGACGCUCCUGGUCACUACAGGACAAUGCCUGAAGUGUUACACUGGCACGGGAGAUUUUAGUUCUUCAUUCAGUCAGAAAGAAUGUGCCUCCAAUCAAGAGUGGUGCUUGAAAAGCAAAACAGGGGUUUCAAUCGCUACCGUGGAGACAAGAGGAUGUUAUGCAUCCACUGACAAUAAUGUACUGAGUAAAAGUACUUGCCAGAGCGUGGACGUAGCUGGCAUUGGAACAGAAACUUGCUACUGCAAUACGGAUUUGUGCAAUGGAGCACAAGGAGCUCGGCCAAUCAUUGGAAUGGCCAUGACUUUGAUUACCAUUGGGGUAUACUUUCUCAUUUGAUGAUUGGCAAAGAUUGUGAGAUUGGAUGAAUGUAUCAGAAAGAUAAAACCUAUGAAAAUUGGA